GAACAAUCCGCCUUCAAGACUCCUUUCGGAAUCAACAGAUCACUACACUAUCACUGCGACUUAGAAUUAAGGAACAGCUAUGGUGUCCUACACAGUGACAGCACACACAGGAAACAGACUUCUGUCUGGAACCACCAGUCGCGUCUGCAUCCAGCUACGGGGCACAGAUGCCGAGAGCGACGAGGAGAGUCUCAACCGCUUUCAGGGCUUUUGGCAGGGAUCGGUGAGAAAAUUUAGGGUAUGCUGCAAAGAGUCAGUGGGAGAGCUUAUAUCAAUCAAGCUCUGUCUCAAGCCAUUCAUGGGCUAUUACAACGAGUGGUUCUGCGACAAGAUUUCUGUCAGGACACCUGAGGGCGAUGACAUUUUGUUUCCAUGCUAUCGCUGGGUUGGCUGUGAUGAGAAUAUUGUGUUAAGACCUGCCAAAGCAAGUCUCACGUUCCAGGACACACAUCCCAUAGCCCAGAGACAAAGGAUGAGACACCUCCAAGAGCACCGUGAGACUUUUAGGUGGCGUGUGUACGCCGAGGGCAUGCCCCAGUGUGUUGAUUUCGACACUUCCCUUGCUCUGCCGGCCGAGGUUCAGUUUUCUUUCACAAAGGCGACCGAUUUCUUCACCUCUGCAGGCAAACAGCUAAGUGCUCUGAAGCUAACUGGGUUGGCCGACUGCAGACGAUCGUGGGAAAGCAUCAAUCAACUGGACGUGAUCAUCUGCGAGAACAAAAACCCAACCAUUGGAUAUGUAGAGGACCACUGGGACGAGGAUGAGUUCUUUGGCUACCAGUUCCUGAAUGGCCUCAACCCCAUGGUGAUCAAGCGCUGCUUAAAGCUGCCCGAGAACUUCCCCGUCACAGAGGAGAUGGUCAAGCACUACAUGCGAGGGUGCACCUUGGAGCAGGAGAUGAAGAAAGGGAACAUCUUCCUGUGUGACUACAAGAUGUUGGAUGGGCUUGUGGGAAAUGUAGUUGCUGGCAGGCAGCAGUACCUCACCGCUCCCCUGGUCCUGCUCUACUGCAACCCUCAGGGUCUGAUGCUGCCCAUCGCCAUACAGUUAAAGCAAAAGCCUGGCCAAGACAACCCCAUCUUCCUUCCAUCGGAUUCCAAGAGUGACUGGCAACUGGCCAAACUCUUUGUGAGGAAUGCUGAGUUCGGCGUUCACGAGGUCGACUUUCACCUGCUGAGAACUCACCUACUGGCUGAGGUGUUUACCGUGGCAACGUUGCGGAACCUUCCCUCACCACACCCCCUCUUCAAGCUCCUCUGCCCCCAUAUCCGAUACACACUCCAGAUCAACAUCUUGGCCCGCAACCAGCUCAUUUCUGAAGACGGAGUUAUCAACAUCUAUGCAGGAGUUGGCGGAGAGUCAUUGCAGAAGUUGCUGAGGCGUGCAACAACUGCGCUGACCUACAGGUCCCUCUGUCUGCCUGAUGACAUCUCUGAGAGAGGCCUGGAGAACGUCCCCAACUACUACUACAGAGAUGACGGCAUAAAACUGUGGAACAUCAUUAACAAGUCAGUUGAGCGCUUCUUGACCCACUACUACGAAUGUGAUGCAAACGUGCAGGCAGACACAGAGCUGCACAGCUGGAUCAGCGACAUUUUCACCCAUGGGUUUCUGGCACGGGAAAGCUCAGGUGUACCAUCAUCUUUUCAGACAGUGGCGGAACUCAUCAAGUUUGUCACCAUGGCAAUCUUCACUGUAUCUGGCCAACAUGCCUCAGUCAACAACGGACAGUUUGACUACGGUGGCUGGAUGCCCAACUUCCCCUUUGCCCUCAGAAAGGCCCCUCCCAAGGAGAAAGGCCAGACCACGGAGGCCACCAUCUUGGAGACCCUACCUGAUGUGGGCACGACAGUGAAUGGAAUGGCUUUCUUGCGUCUGUUAAGCACAAAGUCUCAAGACCAUUACCCGCUGGGAUGUAUCCCAGAAGAUAUGUAUGAUGCAGCGGUUCCUUGUAAUCUCAUUGAGGAUUUUCAGAAGGAUCUGAAGGAGUUGUCGGCUCUUAUCGAGGAGCGGAACAAAAAGGUGGAGCUUCCCUACACCUAUUUGAACCCCGAAAAUGUUGACAACAGUGUGGCCAUUUGAGAGGGUUUCGGAGCUAAAUUUGU